CCUUCUCUGCCUGCUGGGACCAGAGGCUGUCGUGUCUCCGGAGGCGAUGGAGGUUUCGAAGCCGUUGGCUGCACCUCAGGGGGAAGAAGCGUCCUGCUCUUCCUGGGGGGCCGGCGGUACAAAUACAAAUUUGCCCAUCAUGUCAACAGAAUCUGUAGAGAUAGAUGAUGGAUUAUACAGUCGACAGAGGUACGUUCUUGGAGACAUAGCAAUGCAGAAGAUGGCCAAAUCCCAUGUUUUCUUAAGUGGUAUGGGUGGUCUUGGUUUGGAAAUAGCAAAGAAUCUUGUUCUGGCAGGAAUUAAGGCACUUACAAUUCAUGAUACAGAAAAAUGCCAAACAUGGGAUCUUGGAACCAACUUCUUUCUCUGUGAAGAUGAUGUUAUUAAUAUGAGAAAUAGGGCUGAAGCUGUACUUCAAAAUAUUGCAGAACUAAAUCCAUAUGUUCAUGUCACAUCAUCUUCUGUUCCUUUAAAUGAAACCACAGAUCUCUCCUUUUUAGAAAAAUACCAGUGUGUAGUACUGACUGAGAUCAAACUUCCAUUGCAGAAGAUCAUCAAUGACUUUUGCCGUUCUAAGUGCCCUCCAAUUAAGUUCAUCAGUGCAGAUAUACAUGGAAUUUGGUCACGGUUGUUUUGUGAUUUUGGUGAUGAAUUCGAAGUUUUAGAUACAACAGGAGAAGACCCAAAAGAAAUUUUCAUCUCAAAUAUAACACAAGCUAAUCCUGGCAUUGUUACUUGCCUUGAGAAUCAUCCUCACAAACUUGAAACAGGACAAUUCCUAACAUUUCGAGAAAUUAAUGGAAUGACAGGCUUAAAUGGAUCUACACAACAAAUAACUGUGGUAUCACCAUUUUCUUUUAGCAUUGGUGAUACUACAGAACUGGAACCUUAUUUACAUGGAGGCAUAGCUGUCCAAGUUAAGACUUCUAAAACAUUUUGCUUUGAGCCAUUGGAAAGGCAGAUAAAACGUCCUAAGUGUCUUAUUGCAGAUUUUAGCAAACCUGAGGCACCUUUACAGAUUCAUGCAGCUAUGCUUGCCUUGGACCAGUUUCAGGAGAACUAUAGUCGCAAGCCAAAUAUUGGAUGCCAACAAGAUUCACAAGAGCUUUUGCAACUAGCAAAAUCUGUAAGUGAAGCCUUGGAGGAGAAGCCUGAAGUAGAUGCUGACACUGUGCAUUGGCUCUCUUGGACUGCUCAAGGCUUUUUACCCCCACUUGCUGCAGCAGUAGGAGGCGUUGCCAGCCAAGAAGUAUUGAAAGCUGUCACAGGAAAGUUUUCUCCUUUGUGCCAGUGGUUAUACAUUGAAGCAGCAGAUAUUGUUGAAUCAGUAGGCAAACCUGAACAUGAAGAAUUUCUCCCACGAGGAGAUAGAUACGAUGCCUUAAGAGCCUGCAUUGGAGACACUUUGUGUCAGAAGCUACAAAAUUUGAAUAUCUUCUUAGUAGGAUGUGGAGCCAUAGGUUGUGAAAUGUUAAAAAAUUUUGCUUUACUUGGUGUUGGCACUGGCAAAAAGAAGGGAAUGGUUACAGUUACAGAUCCAGACUUGAUAGAAAAAUCCAACUUGAAUAGACAGUUCCUAUUUCGUCCUCAUCACAUACAGAAACCUAAAAGCUAUACUGCUGCUGAUGCAACCCUGAAAAUAAAUGCUCAACUAAAGAUAGAUGCACACUUGAACAAAGUAUGUCCAGCCACUGAGGCUGUUUACAAUGAUGAGUUCUAUACCAAACAAGAUAUAAUUAUCACAGCAUUAGAUAAUGUGGAAGCCAGGAGAUACGUGGACAGCCGCUGCUUAGCAAAUCUAAGGCCCCUCUUAGAUUCUGGAACAAUGGGCACAAAGGGACACACUGAAGUUAUUGUACCUCAUUUAACUGAAUCUUAUAAUAGUCAUCGGGACCCUCCAGAAGAGGAAAUACCAUUUUGCACUCUAAAAUCCUUUCCAGCUGCUAUUGAACAUACUAUACAAUGGGCAAGAGAUAAGUUUGAAAGUUCCUUUUCCCACAAGCCUUCAUUGUUUAACAAAUUUUGGCAGACCUAUCGAUCUGCAAAAGAAGUCUUACAGAAAAUACAAACUGGCCACAGUUUAGAAGGUUGUUUUCAAGUUGUUAAAUUACUUAGCAGAAGACCUAGGAAUUGGUCCCACUGUGUAGAAUUAGCAAGAUUAAAGUUUGAAAAGUACUUUAACCAUAAGGCUCUUCAGCUUCUUUACUGUUUCCCUCUGGACACACGAUUAAAAGAUGGCAGUUUGUUUUGGCAGUCACCAAAGAGGCCCCCCUCUCCAUUAAAAUUUGAUUUAAAUGAACCUUUGCACUUCACUUUCCUUCUGCAUGCUGCAAAAUUAUAUGCUACAGUCUAUUGCAUUCCAUUUACAGAAGAGGACUUAUCAGCAGAUGCCCUCUUGAAUAUUCUUUCUGAAGUAAAGAUUCAAGAAUUCAAACCUUCCAGCAAGGUUGUUCAAACAGAUGAAACUGCACGGAAACCAGACAAUGCUCCUAUAAGCAAUGAAGAUGAAAGGAAUGCUAUUUUCCAACUAGAAAAGGCUAUUUCAUCUAAUGAAGCUACCACAAGUGACCUUCAGAUGGCAGUGCUUUCAUUUGAAAAAGAUGAUGAUCGUAACGGACACAUAGAUUUCAUCACAGCUGCAUCAAAUCUUCGUGCCAAAAUGUACAACAUUGAACCAGCUGACCGUUUCAAAACAAAGCGCAUAGCUGGUAGAAUUAUACCUGCUAUAGCAACAUCCACUGCUGCAGUUUCAGGCUUGGUUGCAUUGGAGAUGAUCAAAGUAGCUGGUGACUAUCCAUUUGAAGCUUACAAAAAUUGUUUCCUUAACUUAGCCAUUCCAGUUAUAGUGUUUACAGAGACAUGUGAAGUAAGAAAAACUGAAAUCAGAAAUGGAAUAUCAUUUACAAUUUGGGACAGAUGGACUAUACAUGGAAAAGAAGAUUUCACCCUCUUGGAUUUCAUAAAUGCAGUCAAAGAGAAGUAUGGAAUUGAGCCAACAAUGGUGGUACAAGGAGUCAAAAUGCUUUAUGUUCCUAUAAUGCCUGGUCACGCAAAAAGAUUGAAGUUAACAAUGCAUAAACUUGUGAAACCUUCUACUGAAAAGAAGUAUGUGGAUCUUACUGUGUCAUUUGCUCCAGACACUGACGGAGAUGAAGAUUUGCCUGGACCUCCCGUAAGAUACUACUUUAGUCAUGACUGUGAUGAACAGUUGUCUUAAAUUUACUCCAGGACUACUUGAUUUUGGAAAGAGUCCACUUAAUUCAGAAGCUAAAAAAAUGAGCUCCUAAUACUAUGGAUUUCUUUGAUGAAGCCUUAAUUUAAGGGAAAUAUCAAUAGAAAACUCCAGUGAAGACUUGUAAAGCAUUUUGGACAUAGUAUACAUAGCUUCUUAUGUGUAUGUGAUCACAAACAACUGAACUGGAAUGCCAUUUUGUAGUGCUUAUAAAAUAUUUGUUUAUUAACUUCUCUGUAUGAAAAGAAGGAAAAAAUAUGGAUCCUUCACCAGAAGAGAGAUCAAGAAAUUGAAAGUAACAAAAGCAACUAUCUAAAACACUUAAUCCCAUUUUAUGAAUUUAUUUUUGUUUAGAAUUUGAGUCCCAUUUUUCUAUACAAAUAGCAUUUAGCACCCUGAGCCUCUAAUGACUAAGUUUUGAAUAUAACACCCAGUGGGAAAAGGAGGGAGGGUAGCCAUGGAGAGUACGCAUUUUAAAUUGCACAGUUACAGUUUACUGACCUAUUACCUCUGUUAACAUUAACCAGAACUUGUUAUAUCACUGUCUCCCAACAGUCAGGGUCUUUGUAGAUAGCAUCUGUGUUGUAAGCCUUGAGCAGUAGGCCAGAUGACACAUGUUAACUUGGAUCAAAUGUUAACAGUAUUAUAUGGGCUCUGACAAUACUCGUAGAGAAUCCAUAAAUGUGAACAGAUAAAUGUGGCUAAUCAUUUAAUUCUUAAAUAUGCCUUCUGAUAUGGCUCUUUUAUUUAUUUGGGACUCUAAAACUGAUUGUCAUAGUAUAUAAGACUAAAAUGUUUGUAAAGUGGGUGUCCUUAGAAGUAGAUGAAAACUAGAAUUAAAAAAUCAUCACUAGUUGAGUCUUGAUUUUUUUCUUCCAGCAACCUAAUGGACAGAAAAAAAAGUUUAAUGUUUUAUUUUAAAGGGAAACAUUUUAUUCUGCAUUUCCAGAAAGGAAGUUGACAAAGAUAAAAACUUGUAUAUUUUUUUGGUCUUUAUUAAUAGAAACUUUUCUGGUAUGAGCUCUUAACAGAUGUUCAUAUAAAUGUUUUCAUUAAAAUGAUGUAAAGUGCAUUCAACACUGUAAACUCAGUGAAAACAGCAAGUGUUUCUUUUAUUUCUGAGGCUACCAUGCAUUCUAAAACGAUUGGCAUUUUGAAACCACAAGAAGUCAUUUCCGCCUAGCUGCUUUUCCUCUGAUCUCCUUUUAGACCAUUAAUAGGUACUUUGAUAAAUUAAAAACUACAUUCACAUCACUGUUACUCCAAUUUGAUAUCUUUUUAUACUCUCUAUACUUUCCUUUUAUUCCAUUUCAAAUAGUUUACAUGUAGUUGACAAAGUAAUUUAUUGUUUCAGUCUCUUGUAAAAGUAUCUAAUUGGGAAGAUACAGUGGAGGGUGAGUUUGAAUGAUUAACUGUUAAUCUGUGCAUUGGACGUGAAGACAAGUGGACAGGUUGAAAGAAAAGGAAAUGGCUACCUCUGAAAUAAGAAAUUAAGUUUUGUUCACCAUAUCCUACCCCCUCCCUCAUGAAUAUCACAAGUAUAAUGCUUAAAGUUAAUUUUCUUAAAAUUGAAUCCAGUAAUAUCAAAGCCUAAUGGCUUGGAACUUCAGAAGCAAUAAUUAAAGGGACUUCUCUAUAAGAAGUCUUUUUCCCACUUAAUUUUGUACUCUGACAGUAACUGAUAUUUUCCAGGUAGUCAUUCAAUAACCUUCAACUAUGAUCUAAUAGCUUGCUUAUAUUUUAUCUAAAUCUCCAUAUCUCUUUGAAAAUAAAUUUAGAACCAUGCUAUCAAUUCUUAUAAAGAUCAGUCAGUACUUUAACAGAUAGAAACAAAAUAAAAAAGACUUUUUUUAUAUUAAACCUGAAACCAUUUUGACACUGCUUUUUUUUCCCCGUAGGUAAUGGUUAUUGCCAUUACCUUCCUUUGUUUUGUUCUACUAAGGAAAGCCAGGGUAAAAGUUGAUGACAGUUUUUUUCAUUAUUUGUUUAUUUCUUAGCUUGAGAUCACUCUUGGUGAUUGAAAUACCAGGUGUAUAAAUUAAUUAUUUGAUUUUGUAUGGUACCAAUGAGUAAUUUUUUCUUAUUAAAAUAAAUUAAGAAAUUUGACAGUCUUUGUAAAUCCUGUUCCAUGGUUGACUCCAGACAUUCUGAUCUUGCUAUUCAUUUUGUGGGUAAUGUUGUUUUGGUAUUUCUAAUUUUCAGGUUUUACAGUCAUGAAGAUAGAACAUUCUUUGGGUGUGUAGGGACAUGACAUCAAAGUGCUUUUGAUUGCUGGAAUUUCUAUUGAAACAAUUGUAGGGGAAAUAGAGGUGAUCAUAAAACCUAAAAGAUCUGGUAAAUCCCAGAUUGUUGGUUGAGGUUUCUGAAGUACAUUCCUCCUUAGAGUUCAAAGCAGUUACGUUGUUCAUCUGUAAUUUCUUCUACGUUGUUCCACACGUAGAACUCAGAAAUAAGUAUGUAUCUUUGUUUUUAUUUUUUGUCUAUUAUGGCACUCCUUGGUAAUGCCAAAUAACAAGGUAUAAAAAAGUCAACAAUGUUUAGAGUCCACUAUUUUAUAAUUAAUAAAAUAAAAAUAGAAAAUUGUUUUCUUGA